AUGACUAGAUCUCUGCUGCGGCCCACCGCGCUCGGACAACUUCUGCUGUGGCUGCUGCUGCCCCCGCUGCCUGUGCCCAGGGUCGAGGCUAGGAAGUCCAGGCCCUCGCUGCCCUGUCCGGCGGCCUGCGAGCCUACGCGCUGCCCCCCGCUGCCCACCUGCUCCGCUGGGGCGACGCCGGUGCUCGACCGCUGCCGCUGCUGCCGCGUCUGCGCGGCGGCCGAGGGAGAGGCCUGCGGCGGGACGCUGGGCCGGCGGUGCGCCCCGGGGCUGCAGUGCCGCGCGCCGCUCAGGACCAGGAGUGUAGGCCGGCUCAGGAGCAAGUACAACUUCAUCGCCGCCGUGGUGGAGAAGGUGGCGCCAUCCGUGGUUCACUUGCAGCUGUUCCGCAGGUCACCUCUUAGCAGCAAGGAUAUUCCUGCAUCCAGUGGCUCUGGGUUCAUAGUGUCUGAGGAUGGGCUCAUUGUUACCAAUGCCCACGUCCUCACCAACCAGCAGCGGAUCCAGGUGGAGCUCCAGAGUGGGGUCCAGUAUGAAGCCACUGUCAAGGACAUUGACCAUAAAUUGGAUCUUGCGCUGAUUAAGAUUGAGCCAAACACUGACCUUCCUGUAUUGCUGCUGGGAAGGUCAUCUGACCUGUGGGCUGGAGAGUUCGUGGUGGCCUUGGGCAGCCCGUUUUCUCUGCAGAACACGGUGACUGCAGGAAUUGUCAGCACUACACAGAGAGGGGGCAAAGAGCUGGGGCUGAAGGAUUCGAACAUGGACUAUAUCCAGACUGAUGCCAUAAUUAACCAUGGGAAUUCUGGGGGACCUCUGGUGAACUUGGAUGGUGAUGUGAUUGGCAUAAAUACACUCAAGGUGACCGCGGGAAUCUCCUUCGCAAUUCCCUCAGAUCGAAUUCGACAGUUCUUGGCAGAAUUCCAUGAGCGCCAGUUGAAAGGAAAAGCUCUUUCACAGAAGAAGUAUCUCGGUCUGCGGAUGCUGCCUCUCACUAUGAACCUUCUUCAUGAGAUGAAAAGGCAAGAUCCAGAUUUCCCUGAUGUGAGUUCUGGAGUUUUUGUGUAUGAGGUGAUUCAAGGAACAGCUGCUGAAAGCUCUGGGUUGAGAGACCACGAUGUAAUUGUCAGCAUAAAUGGGCAACCUGUUACCACCACAACUGAUGUUACUCAAGCUGUUAAGGACAGUGAUUCCCUUUCCAUGAUGGUUCGUCGGGGAAGUCAAACUCUGAUCCUGACAGUCACACCUGAAAUAAUCAAUUAA